AUGCUGCCCUCACACCAAUUUCUCAUCCCGUUAUUCGGUAGCUUUGCGACUGCAGCGAAUCUAUAUGCAUCGCAUUACAGUGGAAACAUCAACUACCUGACUUUCAGCGGUUCAUCGUUGACGUUGACUAGUUCGACCAAGUCGGGUAACUCGAUGCCCAGCUGGAUAACCUAUGAUGGACCAGGCAAGGCUCUCUAUGUGCCUGAUGAGAACUAUGGCCAGACUGGGACUUUGACGUCUUUCUCCAUUGGUGCUAAUGGUGCCUUGACACAGAGCGGAAAAGUGACGGCAACCGGUGGGGCUGUUGCAAACUGCUUAUACGGAGGCUCUGAUGGGAAAAGCUUCAUCGCGAAUGCCCACUACGGAUCGUCCACUGUGUCAACGUUUAAGCUUCCACUGAAUGGGGGCCAGGCUCUUCAGACCCUAAAGUUCACUAUGUCCGGAAAAGGAGCAAAUCCAAGCCGCCAGGAUGCACCUCACCCACACCAUGUAUUCACAGACCCCACUGGAGGCUAUCUGUUGAGCCCUGACCUCGGUGCUGAUGUGAUUCGCAUCUGGUCCAUUGACAAGACCUCUGGAAAGCUUACAGAGUGCAGUGGUGCAAAGACUCCGGCUGGGACGGGCCCAAGGCACGGUACUUUCUGGGCCCCAGCAGCAGUUACAUCGUCUCGUGUCCGACGUGGAAACGUAGCAGCAGCUGAGAGUACGAUGCUUUUCGUCGCCAACGAGCUCGGUAACUCGGUCUCUGGAUGGGGUGUCUCCUACCCGUCAUCGGGCUGCAUGACUUUGUCUUUGAAGCAGACCUUGACUCCUUAUUCGGGCAACAGCUCUGCUCCAUCCGGGACGAAGGUAGCGGAGGUCCACACGAAGGGCAGCUUCCUCUAUUCGACGAACCGAAAUGACAAGAAGUUCAGUCCAAAUGACUCGAUUACGCAAUAUGCUAUCUCUUCCACAGGGGUCUUGACCUGGGUUGAAGCCACUUCUUCUUUCGGCACAUAUCCUCGGACUUUUGAUAUCAACCAGGCCGGCGACUAUGUAGCCAUUGGAGACCAGACUACUGCAAAUGUGGCCAUCGUCAAGCGAGACCCAGCAACAGGGAAGUUGACAGGACAGGCUGCGACUCUGAGGAUCGGCUCUGCCGGAACUCCAGAGAACGAGGACGGCCUAAUAUACGACCGACGGAAUUCGACACUUCAAUUAGCUCAAAUUCCAAGACUUGCUGCUAGUUAUCCUUUUCGCUACCGCCAUGGCUGCAUUAUCGGUCGCGGUGGCAAAGCCAUUUGCCAAGGCUUUAAUGAUUAUCGUGCCGGCUAUGGCAAUGCAAUGGCCAAAUUAAAGAAGCAUAAAUCAAAGCGGGAGCCCGAGCGACAGCCAACAGCAGAACUACAGAAUGUAGCUGCCACGAAGACAUUCAUGCUGUCUGAAAGCAUUGGCGGCGGUGGUAGUCAUGUCAACACGCCACUCUCCAUGCACUUAGAGAUGAUGGCGAUCCACUCUACUCUCUCAGCUUCCAGCCUCUUGGCCUCUAGUGCGGUGUCUUCUCAAAAAUCGUACUGUAAACUAUCAGGUGGUAAUUCUAAACGAAAGGCUCGACCACGACACAAGGCUGUCAAAAAUUAUGUUGAGAAGGUCUAUACCGCAGCCCUCGCCCAUCGUGGUUUAAGGCCCCCCCAUCUCAAUCGUACCAUUCUAAAUCUCGAGUUUCAACUCGGGAAAGACGAGGAGUAUGUGGCUCCGCUCAGGGUAAACAGCACAGAGAAACACCACCUCAAGAACCAGCAGGAUCAAUUUCACAACAAGGGCGUGUGUCCUUAUAGACAACACAAACAACAACAGCGCCAACAAGGUACACCGAUUAAUGGUUAUCAGACGAUGGAACGAGAUGUGGCGGCCACUACAGCUAAGACACAGCCGAUGCUAAUACCAAAGAGACAUACCGGAUCCUGCAGUGUUACGGAGCGGAUGAUUCACCCACGAGUGAAUGGUGCAGACCUAUAUGUUGCUAGACUUGAGUGGAGAGACACGAGAGACAUGAAAUAUUGUCUUGAUCAAGAUACUCGAUCGUCGGCGUCUCCGGACGACUGGGCCUUUUGCUGCAAUCUUGUAAAAGAAGGCGCACAGACUGUUCUGCCUGAUUUAUCUAAGCCUCCUACCGGAUUUCUAUACGAAGACCUCCUUCAACCCCCUGCCAAAACUACAACCAGACAACGUUUUGCAAAGGCGCAAACUGAGGGAAGCCCUAACAUACUUUCGUCGAGGCCUUGUUAUCGUUGCAUUUCGUACAUGAAUUCUGUUGGCAUCAAAAGCAUCUUCUGGACGAAUUACCAUUUGGUCGAUGCAUUAGAAAAUUUGGGCAAUGGAGGAACUUCAGACAUCAUAGCUGUGGUCAGCAGUGUCUUCAUUACUAAACACGAGGUCUUGAUGCUGCGACAGAGGAUGGGGACUAUCUAG